AUGAUAGAACCCUCUGAAGACUCAUUUGAGACGAUGAUGGAGCGUAAGAAUCCAUCAUCAAAACAAAUGGAGUCCUCCGAGGGCUCAUCCAACACCACCGUGGAGACAUCAGGCAGUGGAGAGCAGGAGGCGGCAGGGCUGGCCAGUGGCCCGGCCCAGGAAAUGAAAGAGCUGCCCAUUGAUCUCCUCCAAGACAUGGAGGAGCCAUCCAGUGGCCCACAUAGGGAAAUAAAGGAUCCACCCAAUGACCUACUCCAAGACCUGGAGGAGUCACGCAUUGGUUCACAUCAGGAAGUGGGGGAUCCAUUCAGUGAGGCACCUGGUAGAAUGGAAGAAGCAUCAGUCAACCCCUGGGGAGCCCAGGAAGGGCAAGGCAACAACACCAACCUGGCUAAAUCGGGAGAAGUGACGGGUCCUGAAGAGCAGACCGAGAUCUCGACUGCAGAAACCAUGGCCAAGGUGAGGUCCAUCAUCUCUCUCUACUUCCGAAUGCAAGACCUCAGAGAACAACAAAGAGUAGCAGAAGAGAUCUUGAUGAGAGGGAUCAGCGCAGGCCAACUGCCCCUCCCGAAGCAGUUCUCGGGCGAUCGCAGAGAAUACCGCGAGUUCAUCGUGCUCUGCCAACUCAUCUUACAAAGCUGCCCAAGAAUGUUCUACAGCGACCACCUGCGAGUUGGGUACGUCAUCUGCCACCUCUCAGGCUUAGCCUUAGAAUGGGCCAAUGCUCUGGUGGAAGAAGACAGCCCUCUGCUUAACAACUUCCCAGCCUUCCUGGAGGCCAUGUCCGACAUGUUUGAGUACCGGCAGGCACUGCGCGUGGCGGAAGAGGCCAUGUUCAACAUCAGGCAGGGGGAUCGCCCCGCCAUCGAGUACAUCAAUGAGUUCCAAGGCCUGGUACCCACCUUGGGCUGGCCAGAUGAAGUCCUGCAAGCCCACCUGUGCCACGGGCUCAACGAAGAGAUCAGGCAUCAUCUCUUCCGAGUCCCUCAGCCGGAUUCGCUGCAGAAUCUGAUUGUGCUCGUCCUGCAAAUAGAAGACAAACUGGCAGAGAGAAGGGCAAUGCUCAGGCUGCCCCCAGAGGCCCGCCCACGGAACCUGACCUGGAUUGACUCACCUGCUCCAGAGAGGUGGAAGGUCAGCAGCUGGCUUCCCUGCGAAGUCCACCCCACCAUCGAUCGCGACCAUCUCUUCCUGCUGCUCAUGGUGAGAGUGAACCCCUACCACAGCGUCGCGGUUCAGGCCCUGGUCGACUCAGGGGCAGGCGCCAACUUCAUGGAUGAGCGGUUUGCCCAAGAGCACUACGUGGAGCUCUACGAGAAGCCCUACCCACAGUCGAUCCAAACCAGGGAUGGCUCACUGAUCGGCGACCACCCGGUCUGGCUCUACACCGAACCCCUGGUGUGCAUUCAUCAGAACCACCAGGAGACCCUCGAAUUCGACAUUGUUCCUUCACCCAACUUCUCCGUGAUAUUGGGCACCAAGUGGCUCCAAGUCCACGCCCCCGAGGUCGACUGGAUCAAAGGCCGCUGUACCUUUCACUCUCCCUACUGCCUGAAGAACUGCCUCCGCCCACCCCAACCAUGCAUCGCACUGGAAAGACAUGCCAUUCGCCUGCUGCCCGGACUGCCGCCCCUGUACUCCGACCUGGCCGACGUGUUUAACCCGAAGGAAGCAGAUGAUGAGACUUCCGACCAGCCAAGCUCAGACGGAUCCGAUGAUCUUUCUGAAUCAGAGCCCUCUGAGCUUCAGCAGGCUGGAGACAGUGAUCACAGCGAGACCUUUUACGAAUGUCCCUCCACCGCGCCUUGGGAACCUGUGGGUGCCAGGAUGCAAGAAAGAGCCAGGCUACGGGAUGAAUUCUGGGAUCUGCAGGACAUGCUGACCAACAGACAGGACUACAUACAGAUGAUUCCAGAACUAUUCGACCAGUUACACGGAGCUACAUGGUUCACAAAGCUGGAGCUGCGUGGGACCAUUGUGGAGGAAAGCAUGAACGUAUGCCAAGCGGAAGAUGUAUGGAGAGCAGCGUUUGGUUUGGAGCUUCAAGAGAUGGAGAGCUACAAGCCCUUUCAGCUAUCCUCAGACCCUGUCAUCCCUCAGAAGGUGAUUCACUUUAUCCUAAAGGACAUGCUGGGUUACUUUGUGCUCUCUUACGGGCAGGACGUCCUGAUCUACUCCAUGAGCCAGGAGGAACACCUCCAACACGUCCGCCACGUCCUGGUCCGUUUCCGCCAUCACAACGUCUACUGCUCACUGGACAGGAGCCAGUUCCACAGACAUACUGUCGAAUUCCUGGGAUUCGUCAUGACCCCCAAAGGGGUGAAGCUAAACAAGAGCAUCGUGACCACUGUGACAGGGUACCCCGUCCCUGGCUCUAAGAAGUCCCUGCGACACCUAAUCGAAUUCACCUUUCCCUACCGGCACUUUGUGGAGCGCUUCACCAUCAUCACGGAGGCCCUGGUGAGGCAGCUGCUGACCAGCGAACCGUUCUUCUGGGGAGACGAGGAGCAAGAGGCCUUCGAAUGCCUGAAGCGGGCUUUCCGCCAGGCGCCCCUUCUCCACCACCCUAAGCCCCAGAACCCGUUCUACUUGGAAACAGGCGUCACCAAGACGGCUCUGCACGCCUCCCUGAUCCAAAUAGACAACCAAACUGGCAAGAGAGUCUCCUGCGCUUUCUACUCCCGAAACAUCUCUCCUAUUGAGGUCGACUACUCUCAACUGGAGAUGAAGAUUCUUCCAAUAAGGGCUGCCUUCAUGGUGUGGUGCCGCUACCUGGAGAACACCGAGGAGCCCAUCAUGAUCCUUCUUAACACAGAGGAUCUAGCCUCUCUGAAUAAUGACAGGCUCACCGUACUUCUCCCCGGGCAUUGGGUCUUCUUCUUCUCCCACUUCAACUUUGACGUCAUGGAGCGGCCAGAACAAGAUGGCGGCCGAUCUCUGCCACCUGUGAGAAACCUCAACCAAAGAGCUCUCCAGCACAACACUGCCACUCGGUCUCUAAUGCUUUUGGCUACAAGAAGAUCCCUCAGGGAUCAGCUACCAGAAUCCGGGGAAGAAGAGAAUGGAGAUGCCCCUCACCAGGAUGAGACAAAUGGGCAGACCCUCCAGCAGGAGUUCCUGGCUCUGAUACCAACUGACCAAAUACUGAGCAGCUUGCUUGCCCAUUUCAGCAUAGCCCAGAUCAGGGCAGUCAUUCUGCACUUCUUCCGAGGCCUCCUCUUCUGGAAGAACAUCCUGGCCGUGGCAGCACUCCUCGCGCUCCUGAAGCUGCGGCGGCCCCUCGCGCUGCUGCCCGCGCCCACCCUGGAGGUGGCUCAGCCCCCACCCAGGCGCUCGCUGCGACUCAUCCUGGACACGUCCCUCCUCACAGGCAGUGGCAUCGCCCCUGCCAUCACUCAGCUGCUCGCCCAGAUGCCGCCUCUCAUGGGCACUAACACCAUCCCAGCCGAGGAGCUGGCCGAGUUAUUCCUGCGCCCUGGCCACCGGCAGCAAACCGCCCUGGUCCCCCAGACCCGCCGGGGCCCGCCAUUCAUGCCCAGGCUCUGGCUGACGCUGCGUGAGUUCUUCGGUGUCAGAGUUGCCCUGCAAGAGGGAACCAGCCCCCUCCUUCUCGAGAACCGCUACCUGGAGCUGCACGUCGUUGGUGAUGAAGAUGUCGUCUUGCGAGAAGCCCUGCAAGACGACCUGCAACGUUACCGUCAGUGUGGCCUGCAUGACGGCCUGCAAGACACCUCGCAGGACGAGCAGGACGACGUGCAGGAGGCCCUAGCCACCGACACCACCCUGGCCCUGCGACCCCACCAACGAGUCCCCGGGGACUCCCAAGUCCUCGCCAUCCUGAACAACCGCCAACUCUACGUCCGCAGCACCCACAGACAGCCCAGCGUGGCCAGCCCGGGGCCAAUGGCCAGGGCCCUGACCCACUUCCUGACCGGCAUUUACGCACAAGCUCCACUCCCCAUCAUCCGGGUGACCCCACCCAGGGAAGAAGCCAGGCUGGAGGAAAUACCCGAGGAGGACGAGGAGGAGGAAGACUCAGACCUCAACUGAACACGCCUCCUCGCCAGCCAGGAGCC